GGAGCAGGAGGUGGGCCGCCCGCGGCCACACCGCCGUCGCGAGUACAUUCCUGGCUCCUGGUGGAGGGGCGCUCAGGCUGUCUGCGGACCCUGCCGGGUGCAGGGGUCGCGGCGGGCUGAAGCUAGGAGUGAGGCGGCGGAGGAGCCAGGAAGGCAGUUGUUGGGAAGUCCAGCCUGGGUCCCUGAGAGCCGUGGGAAGGAGAUGCGGCUGCUGUUGGCCCUGUUGGGGUUCCUGCUGAGUGUGCCUGUGCCUCCAGCCUUGUCCCUGGAGACCUCUGAGGAAGUGGAGCUGGAGCCCUGCCUGGCUCCCAACCUGGAGCAGCAAGAGCAGGAGCUGACAGUAGCCCUUGGGCAGCCUGUGCAGCUGUGCUGUGGGCAAGCUGAGCAUGGUGGCCACUGGUAUAAGGAGGGCAGUCGCCUGGCACCUGCUGGCCGUGUACGGGGCUGGAGAGGCCGCCUAGAGAUUGCCAGCUUCCUACCUGAGGAUGCUGGCCGCUACCUCUGCCUGUCACGAGGCUCCAUGAUCGUCCUGCAGAAUCUCACCUUGGUUAUAGAUGACUCCUUGACCUCCAGCAAUGAUGAUGAGGACCCCAAAUCCCUUAGGAACUCCUCAAAUGGGCACAUUUACCCCCAGCAAGCACCCUAUUGGACACACCCCCAGCGCAUGGAAAAGAAACUGCAUGCAGUACCUGCCGGGAACACCGUCAAGUUCCGCUGUCCAGCUGCAGGCAACCCCAUGCCCACCAUCCACUGGCUUAAGGAUGGACAGGCCUUUCAUGGGGAGAAUCGCAUUGGAGGCAUUCGGCUGCGCCACCAGCACUGGAGCCUUGUGAUGGAGAGUGUGGUGCCCUCAGACCGUGGCACGUACACCUGCCUGGUGGAGAACUCUGUGGGCAGCAUCCGCUACAGCUACCUGCUAGAUGUGCUGGAGCGGUCCCCGCACCGGCCCAUCCUGCAGGCUGGGCUCCCGGCCAACACCACAGCUGUGGUCGGCAGUGACGUGGAGCUGCUGUGCAAGGUGUACAGCGAUGCUCAGCCCCACAUCCAGUGGCUGAAGCACAUUGUCAUCAACGGCAGCAGCUUCGGGGCCGACGGCUUCCCCUAUGUGCAAGUCCUAAAGACUGCAGACAUCAAUAGCUCAGAGGUGGAGGUUCUGUACCUGCGGAACGUGUCAGCCGAGGACGCAGGCGAGUACACCUGCCUCGCAGGCAAUUCCAUCGGCCUCUCCUACCAGUCGGCCUGGCUCACGGUGCUGCCAGAGGAGGACCUCACGUGGACUGCAGCAGCGCCUGAGGCCAGGUAUACGGACAUCAUUCUGUACGUGUCGGGCUCCCUGGCCUUGGCUGUACUCCUGCUGCUAGCUGGGCUGUAUCGAGGGCAGGCACUCCACGGCCGGCACCCCCACCAGCCUGCCACUGUGCAGAAGUUGUCCCGCUUCCCUCUGGCCCGACAGUUCUCCCUGGAGUCAGGCUCCUCCGGCAAGUCGAGCUUAUCCCUGGUGCGAGGUGUACGUCUCUCCUCCAGCGGCCCUGCCUUGCUCGCCGGCCCCGUGAGUCUAGACCUACCUCUCGACCCACUAUGGGAGUUCCCCCGGGACAGGCUGGUGCUUGGGAAACCCCUGGGCGAGGGCUGCUUUGGGCAGGUAAUACGUGCCGAAGCCUUUGGUAUGGACCCCGCCCAGCCUGACCAAGCCAGCACUGUGGCCGUCAAGAUGCUCAAAGUGAAGCGUCUUGGCCUGGCUUCCACUGAUGACCCUGCCUAUCCCUCAUCAAACUCCCCACUCAGACAACUCCCCAGUCCUCCUCUUCCCCCACAAGGCCUGAGGCUCCCUGUGGCCCUCCACCCCACCUCUCCUAGGUACGGGCUGAUGCGUGAGUGCUGGCACGCCGCACCCUCCCAGAGGCCCACCUUCAAGCAGCUGGUGGAGGCACUGGACAAGGUCCUGCUGGCCGUCUCUGAGGAGUACCUUGACCUCCGCCUGACCUUUGGACCCUACUCCCCCUCGGGUGGGGAUGCCAGCAGCACCUGCUCCUCCAGUGAUUCUGUCUUCAGCCACGACCCCCUGCCAUUGGGAUCCAGCUCCUUCCCCUUCCCUGGAGUGCAGACAUGAGCUCAAGGCUGUGCGGGCACAUAGGCUGGUGGCCUUGGGCCUUGGGGCUCAGCCACAGCCUGGUGCAGUGCUUGAUCUUGGCAGCACGGGGCUCCUGACCCCAGGGUGCUGUCCCAGGUCUCUGGUUCUGCUUAGGGUAGAUCCUUCCUUGGUCCUGGGGUUCAUAAAGGCUUCCUGCUCUGGCCUUGGAUUUCCAACCUACAGCUCAACUCACGUCUCAAGGCCUUGCCCUUGCCCUUGGAGCAGCAAUGCCUGUGUCCUGAUGGCCCGAAUGUCAGAGCUCUGCUUGGCCUCUUGGACCUUGGUGCUCGGUCCCCAUCUUGGGUUUGGCUGAGCCUGGCUGGAAGCUGCUAUACUAAACCUCCUGCCUCCCAACGCCAGCAGGAGGUUCUGGGCCUCUGACCCCCUUUCCCCACACCUCCCCUUGCUGCUGCUUGCCCCAGCAUCUUGACGGAACAUUGGCCCCUGAACCCAGAGAAGCUGGAAGCCUGCCAAAAACAGGAGCAAAUGGCCUUUUAUAAAUUAUUUUUUUUAAAUAA